AAGAGGCCUUGCAGGGUUUUAACACAACCCAUGGCCGCUUUCUCCAUCCCCGUGGUCCAUCCAAAUCUGCUACCAUCCGACAAAAUCAAAACCUCUAUUCGAUUCCAUGUCCUCUGUCCCGUUUCAGUAUCGACAUCUUCUCUCCCAAAGAAUUACUUAUCACAUUCACCGAACCCGAAAGUUCUCGCUGUACAUAAAACACAACCAACCUUCUUCAAAACUUUCAGAGAUGGAGCGGCGGUGUUACUCCUCGGUUCCUUUCUUUUAUUGGGUAGGUACGGCAGGAGACCUUCUUUGGCCCUCUCUGAUCCUCUCAAGAGCAACAUUUCUGACUGUUUGGAAGAGAAAAUCGAAACCCAGAAGAAAAAGGAACGGGAUGAUGACGACGACGAGUUAUAUGCUAGGCUUUUGGAGAGGGACCCUGCGGAUGUUGAUGCCCUAAAGUUGUGCCUGUAUGCCGAAAUGAAGAAGGGGAAGAGGGAGGAAGCCGUAAAGUAUUUAGAGAGAUUGAUAGCUUUGGAUCCGGAUGAGGUUGAGUGGAGAUUGUUGCAUGCCUUAUUGUAUGAAUUGAUGGGGCAUUUUGGAAAGGCAAAGAAGCUGUUCAAGGAGAUCCUCAAAGAAAGGCCUUUGCUGGUCAAGGCUUUGUAUGGUCUGGCAUUGGCCAUGCACAAGAACAAAGAAGGCCCAGCUGCUUUUGUCAUGUUGGAUAAGGCUCUAGAUAUUGCACAUCGUGAGAGGAGACUAAGCGAAGAAAGGAGUAUUAGAAUAAUAAUUGCCCAGAUGUAUGUGUUGAAGGGUGAUUUAGAUGUGGCUUUAAGGCAAUUUGAAGAUCUUAUCAAAGAAGAGCCUCGAGAUUUUCGGCCUCAUCUAUGUCAGGGGAUUACUUAUAGCUUGCUAGGUAAGAGGAAGGAAGCGAAUGAAGAAUUUGACAUCUAUCAGAGCCUUGUUCCUGAUGAAUUCCCACAGAGGGACUUUUUUGGUGAUGUAAUUCUAGCUGCAAAAACAGAAUUACAGGAACAACCCUAGAAAUAAGUUCAAUCAGAGGACAAUCAUUCAGAAAAUUAGCCUAGAAGGUAAUCGAACCAUAGAAGGGUUUUUUGGCUUGUAGGUUUAUAGUUCUUUGAAAGCUUAGGGUCUGUUUGGGGCAGCUUAAAACAGCAGGCGGCGUUUUCAGUGAU